AUGUCCGUCCUCCCGCUUCUUCAUCUUUUUCUCAUUUCUUCUCUUCAAAUCGCCCCAACUGCCACGUCAUCACCUUCCCAAUUUCCGUGUCCGACAAGAUGUCAAUGCUAUGCGGAUAACGAGCAGAACCAACAAGUACAUCUCAUUUGCAAGUGGGAACAGCUGAAUGUGACUACUCUCCAACUUGCACGUCCUGAUCUCGUCCGAACUCUUACUAUAAAAUGCCCUUAUCAUUCUCCAAAAGUAUCAACUCCACCUCAUUCAUUAUUUCAAGGGUUUCGAAAUCUAGAUCGUCUCGAAUUAGAUAGAUGCUUAAUUGAUACUGUUCCAGAAGGACUUUUUGCGGGUCUUGGUCAACUCUAUUCCCUUAUCGUUAAAAAUGCAAAAAUUACCGAUUUUCCUCGAGAGAUAUUCGCCCAUGUUCCCAACUUGAUGACAUUGGAUCUUUCUGGGAAUCGAUUGAGAAUUGAACCAUAUUCAUUAAGAUCAUUACAAAACUUGAUUCACUUGGAUGUAAGUGACAAUGAUAUUGGAUUUCUGACAAAUACGUUGAUAUCCCUGACAAAGUUAAAAGUUAUCACAAUGAACAACAAUAAGAUAACGAAUAUCGAUUUCAGAAGAUUUCCUGAAAACCUGACCGACUUAUCAAUUCGGCAUAACCUCGUCUCCACAAUUCACUAUGUUCCAGCAAGUGCUAGAAAUCUGAAACGCCUUGAUUUGGCUGGAAAUCGAAUGGAAUUUGUUGGUGGUUUGACGACUGGAGCUGUGAAUGUAUUGCCUGCAGAGUUGAAACACGUGGAUUUGUCGAAUAACAAGUUGACGUAUUUACAUGAUCAUGCAUUUGAGCACUUGACAAAUUUGAUUUUGCUGGAUUUAAAAAACAACAGCCUAAAGGAAGUGAAGUCAUCAAGUUUUGCUGGUUCCAAAUUUCAAGUCAAAUUGUUUUUAUCCGAGAAUCCACUACUAUGUCACUGUAAUCAUAAAUGGUUAAUGGAUUCUUCUGCUAAAAACAUAUCAAUUGGAGACCUUCAGACAAUUGAAUGUCUCAAUAUAUUGAAACCAGAAAAGAAAAUGCUGCUCACGUUAGCUCAUUCAAGGAAUCAACUGCUCUGCAAAUAUUCUAAUAUGUGUGAAGCAGAUUGUGAAUGUUGUCAGAAAAAAGAAUGUGAAUGUCGUUUCGAAUGCCCGCCGACGUGCAAAUGCUUGAGAUCUGCGGAUGUCUCUAUUGUGAGGACAUCUCAAAACAUUAUGGUUUGCGACAAACUUCGAUGGGAUAAGCUCGGAAAAUUUCCAUCCCCAUUGACACAAUUACAUAUGAAUCAGACUGAUUGGAAGAUUUUUGAGACCGAGAAAUUGAAAGAACUGAGCAACUUGCGAGCUUUGAAGAUCACAAAUAGCAAAAUGACUUCAGUGGAAAUGGAAAAGCUCACUGAUCUUGCCAAUUUGACCCAUCUCGAAAUAACAUCUUCUGCCAUCACCUCAAUUCCAGAAACCAUUACAAAAUUACCAUCUUUAACUCAUCUCUACUUAUCUGAUAACCCAUUGGAUCAACUUUCAUCAACAUCCUUAAAUCAUUUGGAUGGUUUAAAAAAGAUUCGAUUGGGUGGGAAUUUCAGCAGAUUUGCCUGUGAUUGUGAGUCACCAUCGGAUUUUCAGAGAUGGUUGAUGAGAAGAAUUAAUCGAGCAAAAAUAGAUGAUAUUGAUGAUUUAUAUUGUGAUUUAAAUGGUCAUGGAACAGUUUGGAUGUUGGAAGCUCUUCCAGGAACAAAUGAAAGUGUAUGCCUGGAUCCAACUGAAGAAACUAAACAAUGGAUGACAUUUGUGGAAAAUGCACAAAAAGGAAUAAUGGAAAGAGUUUAUACUUCAACUGAAUCAACAACUAAAUCUGAGAAAACAAUGAUGACAACUACAUUGAAAAAGAGUAUUUUGGAUACGAUGGAUGAACUAGAAGGUGUCAAAUCUACCGAAAAAAUUAGUAAUAAAGUAAUCUCAACGACAACCGUUCCCACAACAACUCCUCGAUAUCGCAAGAAAUACAAGAAUUAUGACAAUGAACCUCAUAAAUUUGUCAAUGUUCUCAUUUUCUUGCUCUUCUUAUGUGUGAUUAUCUUGAUAAUUUCAAUAGGAGUCACCGUAUAUUUGAAAUUUUGGCAUCCUGAAGAGCUUUUAAUGAAGCGUCGGAAAAAAGAAAGACUUCGACCGGAAAUUCAAAGAGAAGAAGAACCAUUGCAGCAUUUAGAUUGAAGAAGAAUAAUAGAAGUUUUAGAAUUGAAACGGGUAUAGAUUUUAUUUUUUGGUAUUUGUUUUUUCGAGCAGAUAAAUACAUUUUAUUC